CCACGACCAAGUACGAUAUUCGUUUAGUGUCUCUUAGCACGCCUGCCUGACGCCUACCACCCAGCACGCCCGCACCAUGGCUUCUCGCAUCCCGGCAGUCACACUACACAACGGAGGAAAAAUGCCUAUGGUCGGGCUGGGGACAUAUCAGGGCCAUGACGCCGAGAUGCGGCAGGUCCUGAACGUGGCCCUCGAGUGCGGCUACCGGCACAUCGACACGGCCACAGUGUACGAGAACGAGGUCGAGAUCGGGGACGUCCUUCACGAGUGGCUUUCGAGCGGUCGCGUCGCCAGGGAGGAGCUCUUUGUGGUGACGAAGCUACCCAUGACUGGCAACCGAUCUGGAGACGUGAGCAGAUUUCUUCAGGAUUCUUUGGAUAAGCUGCGUCUCUCUUAUGUGGAUCUCUAUCUUAUCCACAGUCCAGUCGGGAUGAAGGCCAACCGCAAGGGCGAGUUUGACAUGGACACAAACCACGAGGAAAUCUAUAAGGCUAUGGAAGAACAGGUGGACGCAGGCAAAGCAAAAGCCAUUGGCCUCUCGAACUUCAACAGCAAACAGAUUGAAAGGAUUUUAAAGGUGUGCCGCAUCAAGCCAGCCAACCUGCAGGUGGAAGUCCACGUGUACCACCAGCAGAAGGCGCUGCGAGAGCUCUGUCGCGCCUUUGACAUCUCCAAUCGUUGCGAAUCUUUCGUUGGCAGAUCCGACGAAUACCCGAUCCUUCUGCAGCAUCCUGUGGUGACGUCAGUGGCCGAGCGCCUUGGUAGGACCCCAGCGCAGGUCCUCCUCAGGUUUUUGAUCCAGAACAACUUGGUCGUCAUUCCGAAGUCCACCAAUCAGAAACGAGUCAAAGAGAACUUCAGUGUGUUUGACUUCGAGCUGAGCCGCGAAGACAUGGCAUCGCUGGAAGCCCUGGACCGGAAAGGCAACGGACGCAUUAUAGACUUCAAGUCAUUGUUCAAAGGGAUCGAGAACCAUCCGGAAUGGCCCUUCAGCAUCCCCUACUAGACGACUUAAGAAGAAAAUGCAGAGCCUAGAGACGACCUUAUACUCGACACCGGAUUGAAUUAGUGUUUCAUGUGUCUUGAUUAUUCAACUAAAAGCGGCCGAGAGGUUUUGU